AUGGCCAGGCUCACAAUUCUAGCAGGUUUGUGCCUGGUGAUAAGCCAGCUGGGAUCUGCCAGCAGGAUGGAGUGCUACUUCACCAACUGGUCCCAGUACAGGCCUGGAGAUGGAAAGUUCUCCAUCACAGUUUCUACUGCAGCUAAUCGUCAGAAGUUCAUCCAGUCUACUAUCAGAUUUCUGAGGACUCAUGGAUUUGACGGUCUGGAUUUGGACUGGGAGUAUCCUGGAUCCCGUGGAAGUCCUCCUGAGGACAAACAGAGGUUUACUCUGCUCUGCAGGGAACUUGUUGCUGCCUUUGCAGCUGAAGCCCAAGCUACCGGCAAUCCCCAGCUCAUGCUAACUGCUGCUGUUGCUGCUGGAAAAGGAACCAUUGAUGCUGGAUAUGAGAUCGCUGAGAUAGCCAAAGAAUUAGAUUUCAUCAAUAUAAUGACCUACGACUUCCAUGGAACUUGGGAGCAAUUCACUGGACACAACAGCCCUUUGUACCGUGGAUCAUUUGACGCUGGUGACCUUAUCUAUUUCAACAUUGACUAUGCCAUGAAAUAUUGGAGAGACAAUGGCACCCCACUGGAGAAGCUGAGGAUGGGAUUUGCAUCUUAUGGUCGUACCUUCCGCCUGACAUCAUCAAACACUGGUGUUGGUGCUCCAGCUAGCGGCCCAGCAUCAGCUGGUCCAUACACCCGUGAAGCUGGAUUCUGGUCUUAUUAUGAGAUCUGUACCUUCGUGAAAGGCAGCACCAUUAACUGGAUUGAAGACCAGAAAGUCCCCUAUGCUUUCAAAAACAAUGAGUGGGUAGGAUUUGACAACAAGGAGAGCUAUGAAACCAAGGUACGUUACCUGAAAGAUCAGAAGUUUGGCGGGGCCUUUGUGUGGGCUCUUGAUUUGGAUGACUUUGCAGGAAAAUUCUGCGGGGAGGGUCCCCAUCCUCUGCUCUCUCAUCUGCGCAACCUUCUUGAAAUUGAGCUUCCCCCACUACUCCCAACCACCACCCCAAAACCUGGAGCGAGCACCACCACUCCAACCACCACCACCACAACCACAACCACUACCACCCAUGCCCCGGGACCGGGAUUCUGCAAUGGGAAACCAGAUGGCCUUUACCCAAACCCAGAUGACCAAAGCAGCUUUUACAACUGUGCUGGUGGCGUGACCCAUGUUUCCCAGUGUGGAUCUGGAUCUGUCUUUCAUGACGGUUGCAAGUGUUGUGGCUGGCCAUGA